UUCUUUGAAACAGGUAUUCCAUUUCCAGCCAAUUUCUCAUCAAAAUAACACAACCAAUUGUUUAAAUCAGUCAAAAUUCACCAAAAUCUUUCUCAUUCAUUUCCUCUUUCCUACAUAAUUGCGAAAAUCACUCUCAUUCCUUUCCUCCCGAAUCCCGAUCCACUCUUCUGCUUCCAAUUGCCCAAUUCUCCCUCUCACAAGUUAAAUGCAAAAAUCCAUAAGCAGAACUCUCCUCUGCUUACUAUGCGUCUCUCUACUCUUGGGCUCACUGCUGCUCGCCGGGACCCUCGAUUACAAAUCCCAAUUCCUCAACUUCAUCCCCCAGCUCACCAAUGCCGCGCUCUGCCUCCCCCUCCGAGUCUACAUGUACGAUCUGCCGCCGCGUUUCAAUGUCGGGUUGAUGGACCCCAACUUCCCCAACGCCACUCCCGUCACCGCCCGGAAUAUCCCCCCCUGGGGCUGGAACGACGGCCUCCGCAAGCAGCACAGCGUCGAGUACUGGAUGAUGGCAUCGCUUCUCUACGACGCCAAUGACGAUUCCGGAUCCACCCGGGAGGCCGUUCGUGUUACGGACCCCGAUUUGGCUGAUGUCUUCUUCGUGCCGUUUUUCUCGUCUCUUAGCUUCAAUCUUCAUGUGCGGAAUAUGGCACAGACCAAUACCGAGGAUGAGAAAAUGCAGCUGGAGAUGGUAAAUAUAUUGAGAGCAUCAGAUUACUGGAAGAGAUCUGAUGGACGAGACCAUGUGAUUCCCAUGCAUCAUCCGAAUGCUUUCAGACAUUAUCGUGAUCAGAUCAAUGCUUCGAUAUUCAUAGUUGCUGAUUUUGGCCGCAUAAUGAACAUUUCCACUCUGACAAAAGAUAUUGUUGCUCCCUAUCCACACAUGGUAGAAUCAUAUAGUGGUGAAGACCAUCAGGAUCCAUACAAGUCUCGUAAAACACUUAUUUUCUUCCGCGGGAGGACCCAUAGAAAAGAUGAAGGAAUAAUCCGUGCUCAGCUUCACAAGGCACUGAAUGGAACAAAGGAUGUCAUAUAUGAGGAGGCUCAUGCAUCAGAAGAAGGCUUCAAAGCUUCAGCUGAACAUAUGCGUUCCUCAAAGUUUUGCCUCCAUCCUGCGGGUGACACUCCAUCUUCAUGUCGUCUAUUUGAUGCUAUUGUCAGCCACUGUGUUCCCGUUAUUGUGAGUGACAGAAUUGAGCUACCUUUCGAAAGUGAAAUAGACUACAAGGAGUUCUCCAUUUUCUUCUCGGUGGAUGAAGCGCUUAGACCUGGGUACAUGGUGAAUGAGCUCCGGAGGGUUUCAAAAGAGAAAUGGACUAACAUGUGGUUGCGACUUAAACUCGUUUCACACCACUUUGAAUUUCAGUAUCCUCCCAAGAACGAAGACGCAGUCAAUAUGAUUUGGAGACAGGUGAAGCUGAAAGUUCCGGCAGUUAAGCUUGCAGUGCAUCGGAGUAGGAGGCUGAAAAUACCCGAUUGGUGGAGAUAACACCGAGAAGCAUGUUCUUGUAUCUUGUACAUUCAUAUGCAUUUCUGGAAUGAAAUAAGGUGCAACAGAUUGUCACGGCCAUCAGUGGAAAUGCUCAGUAAUUUUCGCUGCUGUAUACUUAGGUAGUUAGGUACCCUUCUUGCAAAUGUGUUGUAUAGUUACUUCCACAGGCUGUGUUGGCGUCAUGUCAUGUUCAUAUCAAGAAAGUUGACCUUGAAUUUGGACAAUUUUAAGUGAUGUGGAAGAAGAAGCUCAAGUGAUUUAAUUGCAUACUUUAAAGAUUCA